AUUGCUCCACAGGUUUAGAAUGUCCUAAAAAUCUAGAAUACUCCCAAAAAAGUUUUAAGAAAAAUCCCAGAAACAAUGCAAGAAUUAAAAUUUUUAACUCAAAAAUCAUUCAAUUCCGUGAAACUGGUCGUCUCUUUUGUUUGACAUGUUCAAACCUCUCCUAGUAUAAAGACCAGUAUGUUGUGUAGGUAAAGCUUCAUUUUUUCUUGACCCUCUCAACUCCCUACUACGCGUUCAAUUUUCUCCACCACUUCCACUCCUCCUCUUUUCCGCCGCCCCCACCACCUCCUCCGGCCCCUCCUCUUUUCCCAUUCUUUUUCCAGCUCAAGAGGCAAAAAGGUAACAAAAUGAAACAAAAACAUUUUGCAUGAAAUUUCAUUUACGAAUAGUAGCAGAAUAAGCACAAAUCAUGUCCAAUAUACCAACCUCUCUUUCAGAAAUUUGUCUCACUGUAUUUCGCUUAGCCAUGUCUAUGGCUGACCCUUGGCCCUUUUCCUGAAACUUCCACAUCAAAAGCUCCUGUUCAAAGGCGCCUAUUUUAUAAAUUCCUCCAUUUUCUUGAAAAAAAGGCAUGGGUAAGAUCCGAGGAUUCUGGCUCAAACACCGGAUCACCACACUCUUCCGGCGUGUUUUCCGACGGCGUUGCAGAUCAGGUGGAUACCGUCUUCUGAAUUCGCCUGAAACCUGCCAGGCCAAACGUAUUUCAAAGCUCGUAAGCUGGACCCACAAACUCAGGACAAAAGCCAAGGCUAUACUUUCUAGCAAUAGUGGUCUAGGCUCGGGCAGGGGCUACCUGCGGGUUGGGCAAGAACCGAUUCAAGAAAAGCCGGCGCCCGUUCCAAAAGGGCAUAUGGCCGUGUACGUGGGUCAGAAAGAUGGAGAUUUUCGUAGGAUUUUGGUGCCCGUGGUGUAUUUUAACCACCCUUUGUUUGGAGAAUUAUUGAGGGAGGCUGAAGAAGAAUACGGGUUUAAUCAUCCGGGUGGGAUUACCAUACCAUGUCGGAUCUCGGAGUUUGAGCGUGUCCAGACCCGAAUCAAGGCUGGUCAGUGUAACCGGCAAUCGAUGACAUCCAGCAGAUCCUACUGGCGUUUGAUGGGCUAAUGGAUACUUCUUCCAAUGCCAUGAUGAUGACGAUAUCGUAUUAGAAUUUUUCCUUUUCUCUAUAUAAAAUUUAUUUCUCAAUUUUCUUUUCUUUCCUAGGGAGUUUUAUAUGUUUGAAAUUUCAAGUACCAUGUAAAUUAUAGGUGGAUUCAAAUCUUCAUCGUUUGUAGCCUCUCAUGGAACGGUCGAGUUGGUAGAGUAAGUAAGCGCAAAAGUCUUUAGUCACGAGUUCAAUUUCCUUACCAAUACUUUUUCGAUC